AUGGAUGACAGCAUGGAUAUGCGAUUGCUAUCUAGUCAGCGAAUAGACGAUGAAGCAACUCGGAUGUCUGCAUCUGAAGGGCUGGAAGAGGGAGAAGUGGAAGGGGAAACACUCCUUAUUGUGGAAUCAGAAGACCAGGCCUCAGUAGAUCUUUCUCAUGAUCAGAGUGGUGAUUCUCUUAAUAGUGACUUGGGGGAUGAAGGAGAUUCUAGUUGGACUGAGGAACUGUCCUUUUACUGUGACAAGUGUCAUAAGUGGAUACUUGCAAGUCAAUUGAGAGGAGAGCAACCCAGUCAUCUUAAGGGAGAUAACUUCUUUAAGUUUAUCUGCUGUGAUUGUUCAGAUGAUGGAAAAGAGCAUUUUGAAAGAAUGAGGCUCACCUGGCAACAGGUUGUUAUGUUAGCAAUGUACAAUUUAUCCUUAGAAGGAACAGGUCGACAGGGUUACUUCAGGUGGAAAGAGGAUAUUUGUGCUUUUAUUGGGAGACAUUGGUCUUUCCUGCUAGGAAACAGAAAGAAAACAUCGACUUGGUGGAGCACCGUGGCUGGCUGUUUAUCUGUAGGUAGCCCUCUGUUCUUUCGAUCAGGAGCCCAAGAAUUUGGGGAGCCCGGCUGGUGGAAACUGGUUCACAACAAACCGCCCACAUUAAAACCAGAAGGAGAAAAAAUGGCAUUGUCUUCUUUAAAGACAAAGGCAACUUCAAAACCUUCUCUCGACCCCAUAAUUACAGUCGAAGGCCUGCGAAAGCGUGCUGUACGCAACCCCGUGGAGAGUGCCAUGCAGCUGAAAGAGAAACGAUCACGUACACAGGAGGCAAAGGACAUACGUCGAGCUCAGAAAGAGGCUGCUGGCUUCCUCGACCGUAGUACCUCUUCCACACCAGUUAAGUUUGGCAGCCGUGGGCGGCGACCAGAUCUAAUUUUAGAAAAAGGAGAAGUAAUAGACUUUUCUUCAAUCAGCUCCUCUGACCAGACCCCUCUGACCAGCCCUUCUCCAUCUCCUUCGCUGGAUUUUUCUGCUCCUGGCACCCCAGCUUCACAUUCUGCUACUCCCAGUCUACUUUCAGAGGCAGAUCUUAUUCCUGAUGUAAUGCCACCCCAAGCAUUAUUUCAUGAUGACGAAGAAAUGGAAGGUGAUGGUGUUAUAGAUCCAGGAAUAGAAUAUGUGCCUCCUCCCAGCAUGCCUUUGGCCACAGGCUCCCUUAUUGUAAGGAAGAGGAUUCGAGGUUAUGAGCACAUUAAACAAGAGGUGGAGAGUGAGGAGGAGCGGGCUGACAAGAUUGAAGGAGAUCAGGAUGAAGGUGAGGGGGGCUGUCAUACCAAAUCUAGGAAUGAAAAGAAAACUCCCGGCUCAGGCAAAGAUGAAACGCUGACUGGAACUAGGUAUGCACCCCUCGGUCUGUAUGAAGAGAAGAUGCUGCUAAGGAAGCUGGAAUCUUAUGCUAGUGCUGUGACAGUUUGUCCAGAAGCUAGACGCCUGUAUAGGAAACUUUUGGUACGGCAAGCAAAACGUGAGCGGGGACUGCCUUUGCUGGACUUGGAUCUGGCAGUUAGUGCUACUCUUGCUUUUGUUGGUGCAAUGUAUGGUGCAAAGGAAAGUGAAGGAGGCUGCCAAAUAAGUAAUGGCAUAGCAACAUACCGUACCACUAGUAAGGACCUUCAGAUCCUCGAUCGAUUUCAGAGUGCUGUAUCUGGAAGAAAGGGGUACCGCCUACCAGUUGCAUCAUUUUGGCAUCGACUCAUGGGAUCGGAUGCAACCUCAGAACAAUGCAUAAUUAGUCCUUACACAUCACGAACUCUAAAGCCUUUUAUAAGGCGUGACUAUGAAAGUAAACCUCUUAAACUCCGGCUGCUGGCUGAAAUUCGAGCAUACCGAAACAGAAACAUCCCAGACUGGACACCUGAAUCGGACGCUCCCAUUGAUUACUGUUAUGUGCGGCCUAAUCACAUACCUUCUAUAAAUUCCAUGUGCCAUGAAAUGUUCUGGCCUGGUAUAGAUCUGUCUGAGUGUCUUCAGUAUCCAGAUUUCAGCGUUGUAGUUCUUUAUAAGAAAAUUGUUAUUGGAUUUGGAUUCAUGGUCCCAGAUGUCAAGUACAGUGAGGCAUACAUUUCUUUUUUGCUUGUGCAUCCAGAGUGGCGAAGAGCUGGAAUUGGUACCUUUAUGAUUUAUCAUCUAAUACAGACUUGCAUGGGAAAAGAUGUGACUCUUCAUGUUUCUGCAAGCAAUCCUGCCAUGCUGUUAUAUCAGAAGUUUGGCUUUAAAACUGAAGAAUUCAUAUUGGAUUUUUAUGAUAAAUAUUACCCUGUUGAUAGCAAGGAAUGCCGGCAUGCUUUUUUUCUGAGGCUGCGGCGAUAAAGAAGCUGUCUUCUGUUAUAGUAUGUUUAAAUGUCACCAAAAAUUUGAAUAUUUUAACUGUACUAUAAGUAAAUGUCUAAAAUACAUAUAGAAAAAGUAUUCUCUGUAGAAUUUUUAAAUACUUUUUUUAAACAAAGAAAUAAUCUUUGAACUUCUGAUGCUUUAAUACCAUCAUCUUUUACUUCACCUUUAUUUUCCUUUUACAUUGUCAAAUCUAAUCCUGUUCAAAACAUUCUGAAUAAAAAGCAAAAGAAAUAAAACAAUUAUAAACUA